AUGGCAGCUACGAUCCGAAAGGAUACGUUCGUGUUAUCUGACCAGAAAAGUACAGACAACAUGUCGGGAAUAGAUAGACAGAAUGUGAUGAGGCUACGUAUAAACAGAAUAGCUUUGGUCCAGGAACUGAAGGUUGAUCAUAUCAUUGGAGCCCUCAUAGAACAAAACUUACUUAACAAUUUUGACCAGAGAAAGAUUGCGCAUGGUACUACACAUGCAGACAAAGCCCGUAUUCUCAUAGACUUACUGCCCUCAAAAACAAAUGUCCCCGAUUGGUACAAUAUAUUUCGUGAUGCUAUGAUGAAUCCAGAUGCUGGCCCAGAGGUCAGGAAGAGGUAUAGGUCUUUGGUGGAGUUCCUUGAUAACACUGUCAUCCAUCGCCCAACCUCACAAACUGCAAAAUUUAGUGAAACAAUGGACAAAAGGAGGCUACCUCAUUACAAUCCAGUACCACCCAUCAUCAAGGACAGUAAGAAUCAGUCCAAACCUCAAAAUGUCCUCAAUCUUGAUGAGGAAAGACGUGGGGCUCCUCCAGACCAAGAGAUGGAAAAACAAACCAAAGACAUGAUACCAGAACGUGGGGACAAAUUGACUCCCUGGAAUCAAGACAAUCAAGAGUCCAUGACCCUUGUCAAAGGGUUUUUCCAGCAAUGGGUGCCAACUCCAGAUAACUUCAGAUCACUUUUACAGGUUCCUGAGGGUCAUUUCCAAGCUCUUCAAGAGUCCAAUCACCCUGAUGACAAAGCACAGCUUGCCUUAGAGACAAAAGCUUUGGAGAAAAUUAGAAAGUUGGAACUAGUUGCUGUUCUGGGAAGGAGAAAGCAGCUUCCUCAGGGUUUUGAACUCUGCAUGUGUGAUGUGGUACAUGAAAUUUUAUUUGACUCUGAAAACUAUCACCUUUUUUUCAAAUACUUUCGAAACCUUCAAGAAUCUGAAGUCCAUCUACUCAGUGACAUUGUGGAUUCUUAUUCUUCUGUAAUGCAAGCACUGGAUCCAUCAAAAUCAAGUGAUGAUACCAAACAGGCAAUCAAACUGGGUUAUCAUCUGAUAGACUUCCUUGCUGAGUUUGGAUACUUCAAGGAAGCAGAGCUCAUCAUGGCGGUCCUUCUGAUUGUUCUAAACCAAACUGACAACAUCGAGACAUGGAUGACCAAAUACAAAGGUUUUGUGAAGCUGAUGCGGCUGCGAAAUAUGAAUUAUAAUUUCAGUGGAACAUACACUGCCUAUUCAAUGGCUACUGAGAUGAUGUGGAAGAUAGAUAAGAUGUCCUUCGGAAAGGACCUGAUACCAAAGGCAGAGUUAUACAACGAGAUCUGCCAGAUGAUGUUAGAGCGUGGAUCUGUGAAUGCUGCUUUUGGCUGGGCACAGAAAGCUCUUAAGGAGGUUGGGGAGACUGACUCUGUGAAUGUUAUCAAUAUCCUAUGUACAGCUGUGAUAGCCUACUGUUCCAAGUGGCAGGUGAAGCGAGCCGAAACACUGGCCAUACAGGUCGUUCAGCAGGCCAGAACCACGUUUGGUCCAAGACACCCAAUGUACCUGAAAGCUCUCCUUGCGUUCUGCCAUUUCUCAAAUGAGUUCAAGCAGGAUCAAGCUGGUUUAGAUGUGGCUCUGCAUGCAUUAGAGGUGGCCCAUAAAAUCUAUGGCUGUGAUAUGAUCAUGACUGCCCUGGCCCAUCGAGCUGUUUGUAAGGCUAUGCUGGUCCUGCAGAAGUUUGAUGACUUCAACUAUGAUGAGCAUGCAAAUGAGGGAUUGAGGAAAGCACGGAUUCUCCUGCGAGACAACCAUCCUAUGUUGUAUCUUUUCCUCCAUACUGCAGCCACAGCUCUCCAGUGGAAAGCCCUUCACUCUUCGAAGGACAUGAUGAGUGCGACAUUGACAUUAGCCGAAACAGAGGCAAAGAUUGCUAUCGGUAUAGUUGAAGAAUAUUACGGCGAUAUUAGUGUGAGGGCUGCCCAAAUGUAUUCCCUUCUCGGGCAGAUCUAUUCCAAGAUGGAUAGACUACAGGAUGCUGAGAAAAUGCUCUAUAAGAGUGCUAUGUGCUUCAAGAUUUGUCUGAAUCCCAACAGCAACUUCCGCUUGCUGUCUAUGGCUACCCUUGGUACUUUCUAUAAGAUCUUUGACAAGCCAAAGGAAGCUAUCCUCAUGUUCAAUGACGUCAUCACAAAUUUAGAACCCUGUGGUGUAUAUCUGAAAUGGGUUCAUGUGUGCUUUGAGCACCUGAUAAGCACACUCCAGUCAAUCAACAUGAACAAGGAGGCUGACGAGGUCCAGAUCAAACUGUCACAGUGGCUGCGGGACCAUCCUGUCUAUGAGAGAGUGAUCAGUGUUGAAGAUCUGCAACAGAAAGCACAGCCUUUCUCUCGCUUCAUGGAGGAGUUUGAUAUCUGGGAAAAACAUACAAAGAAGAUUUUGGCGGCAGUAUUAAAGAAGGAUAAAUGAAGCUCGGGAAUUAACAAUUCUGAAACUGUCUGUGAUGGAUUUAAAUAUCCUCACUAAAAGGA